AUGGGAGACACAGGCAACAGCAAAGCACGCGAGGUGAAAGUUGUUUUACUAGGAGACACGGGUGUGGGCAAGUCAUCGCUGGUACUUCGUUUUGUUACCAACAACUUUCGUCCGUAUUCCGAGUCAACUAUCGGUGCCUCCUUCAUGUCAAAAAUGAUUGUGGUUAACGACACGCCUAUUAAGUAUCAAAUAUGGGAUACCGCUGGUCAGGAAAAGUACCACAGCUUGGCGCCUAUGUACUACCGAGGAGCUGCUGCUGCUAUCGUUGUAUAUGAUAUUACAAGAAAGCAAUCGCUAACGACAUUGAAGAACUGGGUGAAAGAAUUAAAACAACUAGGUCCAGACAAUAUUGUUAUUGCUAUUGCUGGUAAUAAGAGUGAUUUGGAAGAAAAACGGGAAGUACCAGCGUCACAAGCGCGAGCGUACGCCGAAGAGAUUGGGGCAUUGUUUAUCGAAACGAGUGCAAAAGAAGACACAAAUGUGUCAGAUUUGUUCAUUCAGAUCAGCCAGGCGCUACCCACGGCUUCGGCUGAAAGCAAUGCAUUGCCAGAAAUUGUGGAUCCAUAUGGGGGUAACAAGAAAAAGUCUAGUAGCUGCUGUUGA